AUGGCGAACAUCAGUGGCUUCGUGACAUCUGAGCUACUAAUGCUCCACAGCAGCCAUCAUUCAGCCUUGACAACGCCGGCUCCUGAGCCCCUAUAUAACGACGGUGGAGCGACGGAGGCCACCUCAUUCGUGUCGCUGCUCGGCUCUCUGGGAACCUGCACCAUGCUCGCCUCGUGUCUCCUCGUUGCGCUGGCGUUCUCGCUGGUGGCGGACGCGUCGCACUUCGACCGCACCGUGUCCCACAGUCGCAUCCGCGGCCGGACACAAGGGGCCAACGUGUGCGCCGUGCAGAAGGUGGUGGACACAGAUAAGAAAUACUACUCCAACUGCAAGCAGUGGUACCAGAAGCAGAUCUGCGGCAAGAAAACGAUCGUGACCCACGAGUGCUGCCCUGGCUACGUCAGAGUGGACGGCGUCGAUGGCUGUUCGGCAAUCACUCCCAUCGUGAACGUUUACGAGACGCUGGAUCCCAUCGAGGCCACUCUCACGCAGAAAUACUCGAACCAGUCGGGACUGCGGCCUGAGAUCGAGGGGCCUGGAGCUCACACCAUGUUCGCUCCCAGCAAUGAGGCCUGGUUAGAGCUGUCCAAGGAGGUCCGCGACUCGCUCACGACCAACGUGAACAUCGAGCUGCUCAACGCUCUGCGCUACCACAUGGUGGACCGGCGGCUGCUCACAAGCGACCUCAAGGACGGCACGGUGCUCACCUCCAUGUACGAGAAGCAGAAGCUCUACGUCAACCACUACCCCAACGGGAUCAUCACCAUGAACUGCGCCCGUCUCAUCCGCCCCAACCACCUGGCGACCAACGGCGUGGUGCACGUCAUCGACCGCGUCGUCGUGCCCGUGUCCAACCAGAUCGGCGAUGUCAUCAGCUACGACGAGGACAUGGAGUCGAUGCGGGCGGCAGUGGAGGCCUCCGGACUGAUGCCAAUGCUCAACUCGGAGGGGCCCAUCACUCUGUUCGUGCCCAGCAAUGAGGCGUUUAAGAAAAUCCCCAAGGGAACGCUCAACAGAAUCCUGGCAGAUCCUCCGGCACUCAAGGCCAUGGUGAACAACCACCUCAUCUCGUCCCUGCAAUGCUCCGAGUCCAUCCUGGGCACCACCGCCGUGGAGACGGCCGAGGGGACGAAGCUGCAGGUCACGUGCAACGGCGACGACAUCACCCUGAACGGGAAGGUGAACGUGAUACGCAAGGACAUCGUCACCACCAACGGGGUCAUCCACCUCAUCGACGACCUGCUGCUGCCCGACACAGCCAAGGACGUGUUCGACGUCGCCGAGAAGUACGGCGUGGAGACCUUCAUGGACGUCUUCGCAGAGGCCGGCCUCAAGUCCAGCCUGAAGGUGGGGGAGGAGUACACGAUCCUGGCGCCCAAGGACAGCGCCAUGGAAGAUUCCGCGAUGUCGACCUCGUCGGACAGCACGCAGAAGAUGCUGCUCAAUCACGUGGUGCGUGGCCGCCACCUCUCCAAUCAGCUGUAUCACGGCCAGAAACUCGAGACGCUUGGCGGGCAGCAGCUGCGCGUCUUCCUCUACCACCGGGCGAUCUGCGUCGAGACGUCGUGCGUGAACGUGCGCGACAAGUCCACCAACACGGGCGCGCUCUUCGUGGUCGACAAGGUCAUCAAGCCGGCCACCAGCACCAUCAUGGAGCUGCUCCGCAACGACGCUCGCUUCAGCACGCUGCUGUCCCUGGUGAACGUGGCUGGGCUGGCACAGAAGUUCGGGCGCCAGGGCGAGAUGACGCUGUUUGCGCCCACGAACGAGGCCUUUAAAUCGCUGGGUCCAGCCGAGCUCACCAAACUGAAGCGGAACCGUAAGGAGCUGGCCGCUCUGAUCAAUGGCCACGUCAGCCAGGGCAUCCUCGUGAGCGGAGGCAUCGUCCCCGUGGGCAGCAACCUCGUGAAGACGGCGCAGGGCACGCGCCUCGACGUCAUCGUGAGGAAUGGCACCACCUACGUGAACAACAAGAAGAUGGUGCAGGCCGACAUCUUGGGUGUGAACGGAGUGAUUCACGCUAUUGACGGCGUCAUUCUGCCCGGGGCUCAAUGGACCAAUGCCAUGGUGAACGAUCGGCCAAUGACUGACGAACAGCUCGCGAUCUUUCAGCGCUUAACUGGACGAAAACACACUCUGAGACCGAGGCGCAUGUGAGGACGGUCGGACUGCGGACGCCACGUGGUGAAAACACGAACAGAAGCAACAAGAGGGUGUUCAGAAGAAGAACUUACCAGGGUCACAGUUGAGCACAUUAAUUCCAUAUUCAGGUUUCUCUUUUGUAUGCACGGAUUUUAAUUGAGAAAUAGUAGGUACGGCGGAACCUGUCUUCGAGAGAUGUACAAAAAAACAACAACUCCCCCAGCCCCUCGGCUCGACGUCGUUGGCUAUCGGGGACGGAGUCGCGGCGCGGUGCGUGCCGCUUAUGAGGUCACCGCCGGUCACGCACUCCGCCGCGAUUUUGUGGACACGGUCCCAACGCACCCCCCCCCCAGAGUCAAUGAAGGCAAGCGAGCCACAACGCUUUGCUCUUAUUCGGCCUUCUCGUCUCUCGCGCCUCAACGGCAAAGGCGAACGACUCACACGCGGCCACGGCAGACUUGAAUAAGUAUAACCCGUAAAAACUAAGUUUUUCACUAUAAAUCCUUUAUAUGCGUGGCGGCUAGAGUCCUCUCGUCCUCUGGCUUGAGAUGGAUGCCACCUAUGGGUCAGAUGAUUGCAUGGCACCAUUAAGCAAUUGGUAAUUAAAUAUAAUAUUUUUAUCCUAAAAAGUGUAAAAUUUUUGGAAAAAUUUUUCACGAACAUUAAUUGUCACGCACAACGAGCCGGUGUGCAAAAUGUCAGCUCGAUUGGAUCACGGGAAGUGGGUUAAAAAACGAGUGAAAGAUUUGCACGGUCCUAAGCAAGCAAGCGAACUUAAUAUAAAGGAUUUAAAAAGCAACGCGGUACACCGCAACGCAAGCACUGCCGCGGAUAAGCCCGUACGAGUGUGCGCGAGCGUGUGCGAGUGUGUGCGUGUACAAAGCUUAUACAUACGCAGUCUGGUUUUGAGGUCAACUCAGCUCGUCGUCACCUUAGGGGUUAUUAAAAUGAGCGCUACUAUGGAUAGACUGGUUUUCCAUCAUGGGAAUGUGGAAUUUCCAUCGCAGUCAACAGCCAUGUAUGGCAUCAGAAACUUGUUCUACCGUGGGAGCGCUUUUGCUCUGUAUCAUUACACGCCGUAUUUAAACUUAAACUCACAGUUCCCUGUCAAUCCACUGGUGGAUUAGGACCUCCCCAUGGUGUGUUGGUCGUAGUGGUUGUUUGACCAUACUUCACCCCGACGGUCACUGCGGUGUGGGUGACGUUAGUCAUCCACUCAGACCACCAGGUUCAUAGUGCAGUCUGCUAACCGCUGAACAACUAUAUUCACAUAUAGUCAGUUGAGUUUGUAUUUUAUUUAUACUCUUAUCUACAUGCAAUAAAAUAUAUUGCUUAUUUAAUCGAUACGAUAUUAACGUGUAGCCAAUUGUUACAACUGCAAUAAUUAUCCACAAGAUAUGAAGAUUAAAAAAAAAUUCUAAAUAGAUGGAUAUGAAAAAAACAAUUCUUGGCGAUAUGACCUUAAUUGGAGCUUUGUUUAACAUUCGCAGUCAGGUAAUGGCCGUUGCGAGGUUGCGUGCCCAAGCUAAUGGAGUGAGCUCGCGGCCGACUCUGCCGCUGAUGGCUCCACGUGGCUCUUGACGAUAGGCUCGCUGAAAAGAAAACUCCCGACGGCGAAGUGAGCCGGCGAGGAAAAACAUCGGGAGCACUCGUACGACUUAAUGCCAUUCUUCUGUGGAAGCGCGAAGCUUCAAACGGCGCUCUCUUGCGUCACAGCAGACGUGAGCGACGCCCCACUUGUGCCAUUUUUCCAAGCCGAGGGGCACUUUCGGAUAAACGGGAUUUCAGAAUGUUAAAUACCUCCGCGCAACAACAACAAGAAAACAACAGUGGCCGGUACUCUUCCUGCUCUGGAAGGGUUUUUUUCUUUUCUUUUGCCGAGCGGCUGCGUGUUGAGGACAGAGCUUGAGCCGCUCCACCUUUGGCUCCUGAAAAAUGCACCCAUCGCGUGGGGCGAGACGUCCGGCAUUGCUGCCAAAACGACGCGAGAACACCGCCGGAAAACGCAUCUGAGAAGCCAAACGAUUUGGCGUUGUUGGCAACCCAUUGGGAGGGGAGGGAAGGGGGGUUGAGGGCACCAGGGAAGGUCAAAUGUCAGUCAGGGUCACCGCGGGUUAUUGGCAAUCCAUUGGGAGGGGCGAGGGCACCAGGGAAGGUCAAAUGUCAGUUAGGGUCACCGCAGGUUAAUGCUUGAAACUACAAUGGAAUUAAAGCGACGCGUUGUUGCUGCGGCAAACAAGGCUUCCAACCACACAGCCACAGUAAGGCGACACGUUUUCAAAUGAAUUAAGUCAGAUUUUCUCUGUUCUAACGGACACUGUGUGGUGAUUCUCUCCUUUGAACCGGUGAUGGAAAUUCCACAUUCCUAUGGAAACCACUGUUCAUCCUCCAACCUGUGGAUAGCAGCCUCACCAAAUGGUGCUAAUGUACAGGCCCCAGAGAGGUGACGUCGAAUGAUGAUGAUGACGGUGCUGGCGCUGAGCUGACCUUGACCAGGAUUUAACUCAUCAACCUCACGAUUUGGGAACCAUGCUGUCCCCAAAAAAACUGAGCUCUAUCCAAACCAUUUUAAAGCAAUCUGCACGUGAUAUCUCUCUUAUAUUAUCCUGUGGGUGUCUUUACCAUUUUCUCGUGUGUUCGCUUAUUGAACAGGUUCCGCUGUAUGUCAGAUAAACACAUAUAGUCGUUUGUAAUGUGUUGUAGAAUGUAUGACGUUUUUUUUCCUUAUCAUUAUUAUUUGUUUUGAAUAUCAUACUGCCAAUGUUUUUUUUUUCUUCUUGUAUUAUUUACGUUGCAAAUAUUAAUGCCGCACAUUUGAAUCUGCCUCAACGUGUAAACCCACUCAGAAUUGAUCAUCGAAAGCCACUGUAUUUUUGUACAGUUUUAUUUUUACCUUCAUUCUCUCCCGAACGACAUCACGGCAAUUCUAAACUUCAGCGGCUGUGCAUUUACCACGAAUCAAUGUAGAGGAAAUACCAUCCCUCAUUUUAAGGGACAAUGUAUGUUUUCAUUCAUUGAUAAGCUGACACCACAUAGCCCAUCCUUGGCGUACCUUGAGAUCAACGCUUGGGCUUAUCCUUGGGUUAAAAUCCCCCCAUCACCUCCUUGUUUGUGGAACAUUCCAAAUUGAACAUCCCUGCAAGCGGUGCAUUGGCACGGCUCACUGCAGAUGAGCAGUGUUUAUUUUGGAAUGUUCCACGUUUCCCGUGGGGGUGGUACAUGAGCCGGAUUUUGUCCACUUGUUUAGAUGAAUCCCGACGAGGGUACGAUGUGAAAAGACAUUACCCAAGCAAUGCAUCAGUCGGCCAUCCCGGAAUUUGUAAAAUUAAGAUAUAUUUUUUUUCCUUUACGAAUAAAAAUGUAUAAUAGUGUCUGCUUGAUGACAUAUCGGAUUCCCGUAGACCAUCCGUGUGUGCAGUCGACUUGAACGGUUUUUUUUUUACUGCAUGCAUCUCCGCGUGGGCGCAAAUUCUGGACGUCGAUUUGAUUGCUGACGUCGCCAAAGCUACUCAAUAAAAGUGUUUUUAUCGA